AUGGCAGAGACCAGUGCCCUGCCCACCGGCUUCGGGGAGCUCGAGGUGCUGGCUGUGGGGAUGGUGCUGCUGGUGGAAGCUCUCUCCGGUCUCAGCCUCAAUACCCUGACCAUCUUCUCUUUCUGCAAGACCCCGGAGCUGCGGACUCCCUGCCACCUGCUGGUGCUGAGCUUGGCUCUUGCGGACAGUGGGAUCAGCCUGAAUGCCCUCGUUGCAGCCACAUCCAGCCUUCUCCGGCGCUGGCCCUACGGCUCGGACGGCUGCCAGGCUCACGGUUUCCAGGGCUUUGUGACAGCGUUGGCCAGCAUCUGCAGCAGUGCAGCCAUCGCGUGGGGGCGCUAUCACCACUACUGCACCCGCAGCCAGCUGGCCUGGAACUCAGCCAUCUCUCUGGUGCUCUUCGUGUGGCUGUCUUCUGCAUUCUGGGCAGCCCUGCCCCUCCUGGGUUGGGGCCACUAUGACUAUGAGCCACUUGGGACAUGCUGCACCUUGGACUACUCCAAGGGGGACAGAAACUUCACCAGCUUCCUCUUCACCAUGUCCUUCUUCAACUUCGCCGUGCCCCUCUUCAUCAUGAUCACGUCCUACAGUCUCAUGGAGCAGAAACUGGGGAAGAGUGGCCAUCUCCAGGUAAACACCACUCUGCCAGCAAGGACGCUGCUGCUCGGCUGGGGCCCCUAUGCCGUCCUGUAUCUAUACGCAGUCAUCGCAGACGUGACUUCCAUCUCCCCCAAACUGCAGAUGGUGCCUGCUCUCAUUGCCAAAAUGGUGCCCACGAUCAAUGCCAUCAACUAUGCCCUGGGCAAUGAGAUGGUCUGCAGGGGAAUCUGGCAGUGCCUCUCACCGCAGAAGAGCGAGAAGGACCGAACCAAGUAAGCCUGCCACCCUGGACUGAGCCCCAGGCCAGGAGGCUGUUCCAGGAGUCCUGCCCAGCAGCCUCAGCGGCCAAGCCCAGAUACUCACCCACCUUCCCCAGUGGCCCCGUGGAGCCUGGCCCUAGACUGGACACAAGGAUUCAGAAAGACACCAGGCUGCACAGAAAGAGCCAGAUGGACCUGAGUGUCGGUUAUAGCCCUCUACACUCAAGGCUGAGAGGCCUCAGGAAAGUCACUCCUUUUUAAAAAUAAUAAUAAAUGUAAGGGGGUACAGUGCAGUUUUGUUACAUGGAUAGACUGCCUAGUGGUGAAGUCUGGGCUUUUAGUGUAACCGUCACCCUAAUAAUAUACAUUGUACCCAUUAAGUUAUUUCUCAUCCCUCACCCCCUCCCACCUUGUCACCCUUUUGAGUCUCCAAUGUCUAUUAUUCCACACUCCAUGUCCAGGUGUACACAUUAUUUAGCUCCCACUUACAAGUGAGAACACGUGGUAUUUGACUUUCUGUUUCUGAGUUAUUUCACUUAAAAUAAUGACCUCCAGUUUCAUCCAUGUUGCUGCAAAAGAUAUGAUCUCAUUCUUUUUUAUGGCAGUGUAGUAUUCCAUUCCAUAUAUAUAACGUUUUGUUUAUCCAAUCAUCUGUUGAUAGAUUGAUUCCAUAUCUUUGCUACUGUAAACAGAGCUGUGAUAAGCAUAGAAGUGCAGGUUUCUUUUUGAUAUACUGAUUUCUUUUCCUUUGGGUAGAUACCAGUAGUAGGACUGCUGGAUCAAAUGGUAGCUCUAUUUUUAAGACAGUAUGGAGAAAUCACCAUACUGUUUUCCACAGGGGUUGUACUAAUUUACAGUCCCACCAACAGUGUAUAGGUGUUCCCUUUUCUCUGCAUCCCUACCAAUAUCUGUUAUUUUUUGACUUUUUAAUGAUAGCCAUUCUCACUUGUGUGGGAUAAGAUCUCAUUGUGGUUUUAGUUUCCAUUUCUCUGAUGACUUUUGAUAUUCAGCAUUUUUUCAUAUGCUUCUUAGCCACCUGUAUGUAUUCUCUUUGAAAAAAUGUCUAUUGAUGUCUUUUGCCG